AUGUUACCGAACUGCUGGAAAUACUCGGUGAACUCGUCCUCGGUCACCUCUGGCGCAACACCACCAACAAAGAUCUUGCCUGUCUUGUCCUGUUCCUCUUUAGGAAUGGCUCUUUUAGGGUCAAUUAACUUGCCAUCUAAAACAUGUGUCUUUUUUAAAACAUCAUCCACACUACUUGAACUAGCAAAUGUCAAAAAUCCAAAUCCUCUAGACCGUCCUGUAGCAUUAUCCUUCAUAAUAGUCAAGUCGACAACGUCGCCAAACUGA